AUGGCUGGGCACCACGGCCAGCCACUACCAGGCUACCAAAGCCAGCCAGGCAUCCUUUUUCACAUCGCCCGAGAUCAUAUGGCUACCUCCAUGCUUGACGACGUCCCGCGGUUCGCACACGUGGCGAUCGAGUCCUUAGGACCGGAGGACUUUGAGACAGCAUCGGUCCGCUCCAUCCGCUCGGCAGCUCCUUCAUACACCUCCGACGCACCCUCUUACCACUCCACCAACCCGCACCCCGACCCCCUCCCAGCCUACUCGCCACCAGCCCGCUCCACCACGGCCGCAUCGACAUCAACCACAACAACCGCAGCACCAGCAGUACCCGCCCCCCGCAACAACAGCGUCUCCUCGUUACUCGACCUCGAACCCACCCCAUCCUCAUCCUCAUCCACCACCACCAGCAGCAGCAGUAACGCUCCGCGCCGGUACGGCCUGCCCCCCGUGCCAACCGGACCCCCACGGCACCAGUCAGACAUCCCCUCACUCGCGCGCUUCCGCACCGCAGCCUGGUCGCCCGCCAGCGGCGGCGCCCACGCCAACCCGACCGCACGCAUCUACCAGAACGUGGCGCUUCGCCGGGCGAGUGCCAGCGGAAGCAGCAGUGGUAGCAGUUCGGGAGCGGGCGCGUCCGCGUCGGCGGCGGCGGCAGCAACGGCGAAUCUGGAUGGGCUGAUGCGGCGGGUGAUGCUGGAGCGGAUCGAGGAGGAGGAGGAGCGCCGGAAUAGGGUGCGUCCGCUGGAGGAUCCGUAUCUGGUGGGUGAGGACGCGGCGGCCAGGGCGAGGGCCGAGAGGAUGGCGAGGGAGAGCGUGCGUGGUGGGGGGGAUGAGGUCCUCAUUCGGGAGGAUCGGCCAGAAGUCGAGUGGUUGUGA